AUGGCCACGCUCUAUUGCCAGAAAUGCCGCACUCCACUGAAGCUGGACUCAUCGCUGGAGGACCUCAAUCCUGCUUCUUUCAAGAUCCUCGCCGAUGCCGCUCCUGUGCUCGAGCCACGGCCGCCAGUGGCUCAAAAGUCUGCUGCUACAGCACAGCGUCGUCAGCAAUACGAUGUUGCGUCCAGGAGUGAGGGAACGCCUCUUCAAAGUAGGGGAAUCUCCGAUAGCCAUCGUCUCAAGCCCAAGAUGAACCCGGACAUGUCGUACAUCGACGUCACAGAAUCCAUCCUGGCAUCUGACCCGCGCGAUAACCCGGCUCCGACUCCAACAAAGCAGAAGACUGCUUCCAAAAGAUCGAAUUCGCUCAAGACCACCGAUUCAGGUGAAUCGGCUUCGGAGCAGCUGGCCAUGGCCGCUCGUUUGUUUGAAAUCCUCUCAUCGAGGUCCGACAUAGACCAUCCCAUAUGCUCCGAGUGCACCGAUCUUCUCCUCGAUGGACUGCAGAAACGCCAGGCAAGCGUGCUUAGAGAGCGAGAUGCCUACAUCGACUUCCUCAAGAAGGUGCAGGGGGAUAUGCCGACGGAUGAGGAGAAGGCUCAGACCAAGCGUGAUCUUGAGGAUGCCCAAAGGCGUGAGAGAGAGGCUUUGGAGGAACUCGAGGCGCUGGAAGCCGAGAAGGCGAAGAUGGAAGACGAGAUCGCAGCUCUUGAUGUCGAGGCCGAAGAGCUUGAUCAAGAAGAAGAGCAAUUUUGGCAGCAACGCAAUGCUUUCACCGUCGAGUUGGCUGCGUUCCAGGAAGAACGUGAUAGCCUGCAAGCGCAGCUCGCUCAUGACACCAAAGUCUUGGAGGCCUUACAGCGCACGAACGUAUACAAUGAUACUUUCGUCAUAGGGCACGAUGGCUUCUUCGGUACAAUCAACGGUCUACGACUUGGCAGGUUGCCCGAUCGCCCGGUUGAAUGGGCCGAGAUCAACGCAGCUUGGGGUCAAGUGGUCUUACUGCUGUCUGUAGUGGCCGAGAAACUUGGCUGCAGCUUCAAAGAGUACAAACUGGUGCCGAUCGGAUCGACGUCGAAGAUCGUCAAGUACGAUCUCAAGCAGCAAUCAGCCGGCGAUGCGAGGGCAAAGGGCAGCAUCCUCGAACUCUACAGCAGCGGCAAUCUCUCAUUGGGACUGGGCGGACUGUUCCAUGGCAAAUUUGACGAAGCCAUGAUUGCCUUUCUGGACUGCCUUCGCAUGGUCGGCGAAAACGUGGAGCGCACGACGUCUGCGACGACUGGAACCACACGCAUGAAGUUGCCGUACCGGAUCGUCAAGGAUAAAAUCGGAGACGUCAGCAUUCGCCUGGGCAACUUUGGCCAGGAUGAGCAGUGGACAAAGGCCUGCAAAUUUACGCUGACGUGCUGCAAAUUUCUGCUGGCACAUGCAAGUCAUAUAGAUGAUGCCAGACCGCGUUGA